AUGAACUUAUCUAAUUCAGUCUCCGCUUAUACUCCGAUUCGCGCAUGCUCGUCUGGUCCAACUCUGCGAACCCAAAAUCCACCCAUCCCAUCCAGUGCUUCGACUCCAUCUUCGUCCCAACCAACUACAAAUCAGACAUCGGUUACCACCGGUACAGUGUCCAUUAGUACAACUAAUCCGACACCAAUCACAACUUCCUCCACACCGACAACUCAGAGCCCCGGAAGUGGUGGUGCUUUGUCACGUGGUUCUUUCACAGUUGUCCUACCUGAUCGAGUCGUGGGAAACAAAACCAUAAGACUACCUUUUCAGAAUUGGACAGAGCUAAUUUUGCGUUCGGAGAAAAAAUUCAUGUGUAUGCUCUGUCGUCGCUCGGUGUACAGCGGUCGAACCGAAGUCGUAUUCCAUGCAGUGACCAGACAUUUGCUCGCGAGCGAGAUUGAACAGGAUCUGGCUCGUUAUGCUCGAUUGUCGGACACACUGAAGCGUCAUGUCGGUCAGUUGUUCGCAGACGGAAUGCGUAUUCGUUCCGGAGUGCAUUACAAAGAUGCGAAACGUGUGGAAGCUGCCCUGUUCCGCUCAAUCGAAUUACACACGGCUUAUUCACAUGUGAAUGAAGAACUUCGUGUCUCUUUGCCCGAAUUUAUGCGAGCACGGUCCUGUCCGUGGUCGUUGAGUACCCGAGAAGAAUGGGUCUGGUGUGUCCCGGAUCGGCGAAUCGAACCGCUUCCGGGUAAAACCACCGUCACAGGAACCGGUGGAGUUUCAGAUCCAAAUGAAGAAGUCCAACUGGUCCUGGGUGACCGUAUCCACAAAUUGGGCAUAUCCCGAGCUAGCGACACACCGAUCGCUGCAAAACCCACUGUCCUAAAGGCUCUGGCUCCCAGUCCCGUAGCUAUUAGUACAGCUGUGACAAAUAUGAGCAGUAGUCAAACCUCAACUGUCACUAAUCUAACCUCUGCAGUGUCCACCGUGGCUGUUGUUACAACCCCUACCGCGAAUAGCAAUGGCACUCCGAUUGUUUCGCACAGUUCGGUCGCUACAGCCGUCGACGUAGUCAAGUCCUUGGUUGCAGUGGCCGGAUUGCUCCAGCCGAAAUCGGUUACCUGUGUUUCCACUCCGAUCGGGCCGGCAACCGCGACAAUACCGAUCGGCACACCCAUCUUCAAAAUUGAGUCCGCGGAUGCCAUGGACCAGCUUGUUGUACGACCGGGUUAG